UGCGUUGGCUCCCAGCGGUACGUCACAUCAUGAGCGUGUUGGGAUAAAGAGGCUUCAACAGGGGAUUUAAACUGCUGUCUACUGUCUAGACGACUACACAGGAAGCGAGGAAUUACAUGCAUAGUUAUAUAUUCGACCUCUAUUCUUGGGCUCCGUACUGCGGCAGCCUAUUACUGGGCUGUGUUUUAACAUCUGCUGUUCAUAGACAACCAUGGGAAGAGAGGAAGCUAGCGUAGACUGUUAGCUGCGAGAAUCCAGAAAGCAAAUCCUUCAAGAGUCACACCCUAAUAUUCACUAUCCUCGCAGCGGCCACGCGACUGCGGGUGACUUACAGAUGCCCGGCCCUGCUUUUCUGUCUGGAUCUCAGUCUCUGUGCAGAAACAACUAAGAAGCAUCAAGAAAGUCAUGUGUGUCCGGUUUCGGUCUACUUUGUUGGGAGACAGAUAACGUUAGUCGGCUAGCUAGUGUGGGAUCAUCAUCACUCCUCUGCGCUUUUAGCAGGAGACUGAGGAAUAUGAGUUCACCGAUGUACACGUUUGUUUUGAGAGAUGAUAACAGUACUGUGUAUGCCGAGGUCGCCAAGAUCCUCAUCUCUACUGGAAAAUGGAAACGACUGAAGAAGGACAAUCCUCGGUUUAAUUUAAUGUUGGGAGAGAGAAAUCGGCUGCCUUUUGGACGGCUGGGUCAUGAACCAGGACUGAUGCAGCUGGUGAAUUAUUACAGAGGAGCCGAUAAACUGUGCCGCAAAGCUUCACUGGUCAAGAUUAUCAAGACCAGUCCAGAGUUAAAGGACUCUUGUAACUGGUUCCCUGAGUCUUACAUCAUAUACCCAACCAACCUCAACACCCCAGUGGCCCCGGCCACCAAUGGCAUCAGCCACAUGAAGAGCAACCCAAAGACAGAUGAGCGGGAGGUCUUCUUGGCUUCAUAUAACUCCAGAAAGGAAAGCGGAGAGGGAACGGUGUGGAUCGCCAAAUCAUCAGCAGGUGCUAAAGGUGCAGGAAUAUUCAUAUCUCACGAUGCAAACCAGCUGCUUGAGUUCAUCGAUAAUCAAGGCCAAGUGCAUGUCAUUCAGAAGUAUCUGGAAAGACCUCUGCUGUUGGAGCCGGGACAUCGCAAAUUUGAUAUAAGGAGUUGGGUGCUUGUAGACCAUCAGUAUAAUAUCUACUUGUACCGUGAGGGAGUGUUGAGGACGUCUUCUGAGCCCUACAACAGCUCGGAUCUGCAGGACAUGACCAGUCACCUGACCAAUCACUGCAUCCAGAAGGAGCAUUCGCAGAACUACGGCCGCUAUGAGGAGGGCAACGAGAUGUUCUUUGAUGAGUUCAGACAGUACCUGUUGACCACACACAGCGUUGCCAUGGAAACAUCUAUUUUACCUCAAAUCAAGCAUAUCAUCAGGAGCUGUCUCACAUGCAUCGAGCCAGCCAUUAGCACGAAGCACCUGUCCUACCAGAGCUUCCAGCUCUUCGGCUUUGACUUCAUGCUGGACGAGAGCUUUAAAGUUUGGCUAAUUGAGAUCAACGGGGCACCGGCCUGUGCACAGAAACUCUACCCUGAGCUGUGUCAAGGCAUCGUGGAUGUGGCCAUCUCCACAGUGUUCUCUCUGAGUGCAGAUACCCUCUCGUCCUCGCCUCCGUUCUCCACUUCUCCAUCUCUAUCCACCAACUCCUGCUCCUCACCCAAGAUCAGAGCGCCCCAUCACUUCGGCCCAUUCAUCAAACUAUAAAUUGCUGUUGUUGCAGGAUGCUGCUGUUGCCAUGUAACCCCCUUCCCAUAGUCCUGCCCGAAAACAUCAACCAAUCUAGGAAGCAUAAGGGUCAACACCUGAUCUUGGGGCUGAGCAUACAGGGGAUUCAUCACUGUCUGAAGAGGACAGAAGGGAAAUGAGGUCACCUCUGUAAACUCCUCUUCCUGUUUCCAUCUAUCAUCUCUAAACCCAGAAGAGUCCACAGAAAGAGCACGAUUUUCCAAAAGAACGACUGGAAGGUGAGGAAAAUCCUGCACACAUUUGUUUUUAGACCACAGUUGUUUGGGGCUUUAACACUCAUAAAAGUGAUUUAAAGACAUGAAUUUGCAAGCACACAUUUGAAUGAGGAAGGUGUUGCCACUGAAGAGGAGGGUUUACAGUAGCUACUUUACCCAUAGAUCUGUUGCGUCAACAAGACUCCUCAGGACUUUUCCAGGCACCUUGAUGAAACUGAGAAUAGAUUUGAGACUUUAGUGCCUUACAUAUUCACUUUCUCACUAACACUAACUCCCAACAAGCUAAUCUGGCUUUUUGUAUGUCUGUAUGUAUCCCAUCAACUCUAUUAUCUAUCAGAUUGAUCUGUGUUUUGUGCUGUUAGCUUCAGUGUGUUCUAAACAAUUUUAAACCACAAAUGAAUCUUUCUCAGAAGAAGCACAUAUGUAUGAUUUGCAGUGUAGUAGUGUACAUGGUUGUGAUGUCUACAAAACAGUAUUUGGUAGAAGUAGCAGAAGAUAACAUAUUUAUUUAAAAAAAAAAAUUGUUGCUAUUCUGUCCAGUGAGACCAUAUUUAGUCUUCCCAAUGAUUCUUUUGCUGUUAAUACAAACACAUUUUAGGUCUGGUUCAUAAUUACUGUGACAAGCAAUCAAGAACAUCUGGGAAUUGGGGACGCACUUCCUUCUGCUUGUUCUGUCAGGAGACAAACACAUGAGCAUUCACAACUCAUCGCUUACUAUCCAGUAGACAAAUGAUACGGCAAAAUAUCCAUAAUUGUCUAUCAGUUUAGUUCACAAUAGUUAUUUCAUUCAUUCCCAGCUGUGUCGAGAGUUUAAUUAUUUCUGAAACGAGUAAACCUUUGGUGGACUGAAAUGUUGCAUGUCAAAGCAUGAUAAAAGCAAGGCUCUUUAUACAGACUUGGAGAAAGGUAGAGUUUUUAUGUUAAGAUGAAUGCAUCACUUCAACUCGUUUUAUAUUGUUAAAUUUGUUUAUGCAUAACAGAGUUGCAAAGAUUUGUCUUGAUUUCUUUUUAGCACCUAAUAUGGGAAUGGCUUUGCGAGUCACUGAAUAUUUGAAUAUCCUUUGGUUCAUUGACAGCAAGCUCUGAACGGUUGACCUGUACACUGUUAUGAUGAGGCAAGUGGAUGUAGAAGAAGAAGAAAGCAGCAUUUAGGUGAUAUUAACCAUGUGGUAAUCAGAUAUCAGUAUUGUUGUUUGGGGGAAAAUGAAGGACUUCAGUUUAAAAUGGGUUUAAGCAGUAUUACAGCUCUUUGACUCUAAAAGAAAAAGUAUUGAAGGAAAGGUCUGUCUAUAUGAAACAAUGAGAGGAGAUCGGUUAUCUAGUUUUAUUAUGUAUCUUUGCAUUACUUUCAUAUGGUUUGUCAUAUUUUUACAUAGACUUUGCUGUACAGUCUUUGCAUUGGCUUUUUUGUAAAAAGAGAAAACUCAAGACAGUUGUAUGUAGCCUGAAUAAGGGAUAACAUGUCCAUUUAGCCAAAGAUGAGUGUGAUUAAAUAUCCUCACUGCUGUCUAAGGAACAUCAUUGGUUUGAUUUAAGUUGUGAAAUGUGGGAAUGCUGUUUCAAUCAUGUUUUUCUCUGUAUCUGUUUGAAGGAAGAUCAAUGCAAUGUAUGUUAUUAGUAGUCUAGAUUGCUGUAUUUGUUACUGUUGUUUUGACCAUUUGAAAAUAACAAAAUACACUUUUACUAUGUUGAAUUGUAAAAGUCUAAAAGUAUUUAAGUUAUUCAAAUAAAAGCAUCCAUCAUGUGCAAUAAAUUUGUUUCCUAAAUGCUCA